GCCGUUCCAAGAUGGCGGAGAUCCCCUUGUAUUUUGUGGACUUGCAGGAUGACUUAGAUGAUUUUGGGUUUGAAGAUUAUGGACCAGAUUGUGAUAGCAUGAGGAUAACAGCAUUUUUGGACAUUCCGGGACAGGAUAAUCUGACUCCGCUAGCUCGACUGGAAAAGUACGCUUUUAGUGAUAAUAUAUUUAACCGACAAAUUAUUGCGAGAGGACUUUUGGAUGUCUUCAGGGAUUUUAGUAAUAACGAGGAAGAUUUCUUGACAGUAAUGGAAAUAGUGGUGAGGCUUUCAGAAGAUACAGAACCUACAGUACGGACAGAGCUGAUGGAACAAAUUCCUCCCAUUGCCAUGUUUUUGCAAGAAAGCAGACCAAGCUUCCCAAUGGCAUUCUCUGAAUAUCUUAUGCCCAUUGUUGUGAGAUAUCUCACAGACCCAAAUAAUCAGGUUAGAAAAGCAAGUCAGGAAGUCCUGUUAAUUCUACUGGAGCAGGAUCUAAUUUUUCAGAAUGAUAUUGAAAAUAAGGUUUGUCCAAUACUCCUGGACCUAUCUGCUCCAGAUAGCGAUGAUGAAUACAAAGCAGAAGCUGUGAAUAUAAUCUGUAAAAUGGCUUCAAUGUUGAGCAAAGCUACAGUUGAACGCUUGCUGCUUCCUCGAUUUUGUGAGUUGUGCGGUGAUGGGAAGCUGUUUCAAGUUCGAAAGGUUUGUGCUGCAAAUUUUGGUGAGAUUUGCAAUGCAGUUGGGCAAGAAGCUACUGAGAAAUUUUUGAUCCCUAAGUUUUUUGAACUCUGCUCUGAUAGUGUGUGGGGAAUGCGAAAAGCUUGUGCUGAAUGCUUUAUGGCCGUGUCCUAUACAACUUCUCCAGAGAUUCGAAGGAUCAAACUAUCACCUCUCUUUAUCAGUCUUAUCAGUGAUCCGUGUAGAUGGGUUCGCCAGGCUGCUUUUCAAUCCCUCGGUCCAUUUAUUUCUACCUUUGCAAACCCAUCCAGUGCUGGCCUGUAUAUCCGAGAUGAUGGAACUCUGAGCAUUCGACCUCUAGCACAAGAUAUAACUUCCAGUUCUAACUCCACAGGCAGUUCUACCAAUGCUUCAUCCUCUUGUUCUGUAACAGCCGUGAAAAUCAAGCCAGGUGCUUUGACCGAGAGAAUAUCAACAGGAGCCGUUUGUUUCUUACAUGAUGAAAGCUCAUGUACUGACAAAGAGGAAAAGACUGUGGUCUAUCCUGUUGCUCCUGGAGGCGAGCUAACCGGCGAUUCCCAGAGUGACAGUACUCAUGUGCUGGAGAACGUUAAUGGUUUGCAAAGAAACAGUUGCCAGGAACUGAACUCUAGAGUCCAUUUUGGAAAUUCUGAAGAUAUAUUCAAUAAUUUCCUUUACUGGCGCACUCCUCUCCCUGAUAUAAGUCAGGAUUUGGAAUUGCUUCAGACCAAGAAAGAGCAGAUGGAGGAUGGAUGUUCUAAAAUCAGUUCUGUGUAUAGUAAUUGUGUGGCCAGUAACAAAAUUAAAAAAGUCCUGGAAAGCUUGCAGGAGCAUAUGAUGGAUGAUCCAGAUGUUCAAGCUCAGGUUCAGGUAUUAUCAGCUGCACUUAGAGCUGCUCAUCUCGACUCCAUGAGUGAUUCAGAGGACAAAGCUUCAAAAGAACAAAAUGAACUUUGCAGUUCAGAUCCUAUCCCUGCGACAGAAAAUCAGAAUAUUUUGGCCUCUGUGUCAACUCAGGAGGAAAUGGCUGAAUCAUUGAAGAUUAGGGGAUUGCAGAGCCAAGACCCAGAACAUCUUAAUGGAACCAGUGAACUUUUGCAAAAUGAACAGAAUCCUAAUUCUUCCUCAUUUGAAGAUAAAUCUAAAUUGCAGGAUAUUAUACCUCAACCGUUAUUAGAUCAGUACUUGUCAAUGACUGACCCAGCUCGAGCUCAGACUGUCGACACCGAUAUAACCAAACACUGUGCUUAUAGUCUUCCGGGGGUGGCUCUGACGUUGGGCAGGAAGAAUUGGCAUUGUUUGAAAGAUACUUAUGAAACACUCGCAUCAGACGUACAGUGGAAGGUACGUCGGACAUUAGCGUUCUCAAUUCAUGAGUUGGCUGUCAUUCUUGGAGAUCAGUUAACAGCAGCUGAUUUGGUGCCUAUCUUCAAUGGGUUCCUGAAAGAUCUGGAUGAAGUACGAAUUGGAGUUCUUAAACACCUUUAUGAUUUCCUAAAGUUGCUACAUGCAGACAAAAGGAGAGAAUACCUUUACCAGCUUCAGGAAUUUGUGGUCACCGAUAACAGUAGGAAUUGGAGGUUUCGAUAUGAACUAGCAGAACAGCUUAUCCUAAUUUUGGAACUCUAUAACCCCAAUGAUGUUUAUGACUACUUAAUGCAUAUUGCACUAAAACUCUGUGCAGAUAAAGUUUCUGAAGUUCGGUGGAUCUCCUUCAAACUAGUUGUGGCAAUUCUCCAGAAAUUCUAUUCCAACAAUGCAAGUGCCUUGGGGUUAAAUUUCAUAAAUGAACUCAUCAUAAGGUUCCGACAUUGUUCUAAGUGGGUUGGAAGACAAGCUUUUGCCUUUAUUUGUCAGGCAGUUGUGAGGGAAGAAUGUAUUCCUGUGGAUCAAUUUGUUGAACACUUGCUUCCGAGCCUUUUAAGUCUUGCUUCUGAUCCUGUGCCAAAUGUAAGGGUUUUGUUAGCCAAGGCACUAAGGCAAACACUAUUGGAAAAAGCUUAUUUUAGAAAUGCUGGUAACCCUCACCUUGAAGUUGUUGAAGAAACUGUGUCAGCUCUGCAGUCAGACCGAGAUCAAGAUGUUUCCUUUUUUGCCACCCUGGAGCCAAAUCAGAAUAUUAUAAACACUACCGCUCUGGAAAAGCAAAGUGAAUGAUUCUGUUACAAAUCUAAGUAGGGAUGAUUUCGCAUUUUUGCGUAUGUGGUUUGUGGUAACACAAAGCAGUCAAACUGUUUCAUAUCUGCUUGGAAAGGAAACAUUUAUUAAAUUUCAUAAUGGUUGCUAAAUAAGUCUACCAGCAACUGUGAUACAUUUCAUAUUGGAUGAUUACAUAUUGUGAUUUUGCCAAACCAGAAAGGCUUUUGCUUUCCCCGUAAAACUUGCUUUUAAUUAUUUUCUUUGGAAAUUAUCUCGUAUUGUGUAGAUCAUUUUGGUUAAAGGAUUAUGCAUUGUCUCCAUAUUAUCAGAAUGGCUCACAGUAAUGUAUGUUUUUUAUAGCAUAUUAUUUUAAAAUAUGUUUACUAUUAAUGAAUUUACUGUAAGCAUGGAAUGGUUUAUAAACCUGGAAGCCCGAAGCUAGCAAGCUGUAACGUUUGGAUGCACUUAUGCCCUCUCUUAGAAUAGUGUAUAGUAUGGCAGUUUAUUUUUUACUUAAAUAUUGGUGUACAUAUGUGAAUAAUUAUUGAAAAAAGAAAAUAUAUUAAUCCCACAUAAAUCAUAUAUCCAUAAACAGAAAAUACUUCAUAUAUAGUUUAUACUGUAUUUCAAGUUGUUAAAACUAAAAUCCCAUAUUACUUUUGUUUUUUUAAUACAUUUAAAAUUGUACUGAAGGAAGAUUUAUAACUUUUGAUAUUAUGGUAGUUUUUAUUCUUAUAAUGUGUUAUUGGAAAUUUUUUUUCUUGAGCACUUCGACCUCUCCUGUUCUUGCUGCUGGAACUGUAUGAGUAAAUGUAUAUGUUGACAUUAGUGGAAGUUACAACUGACAAACCAUUCAUUUUAUCUAGCAAAGUUAUUCAAAAUUAAUGAAUUCAAAAUAGGAAUUUUAAUAUCUGGGCAUUAACUUUUAGCUAAACGUCACAAAAAUUAACAACUACGGUUACAUGUACCUAUUGCACAUACAGUAAUCAUUUUGGCAGGGGAGGGGAUGAAGGUGAAAUAUUGCUUCCGAUUUAACUAUAUCCAGUCCAAGAACCAAGCACUUGUAAUUUCGGAAUUAGGGGAAACUAUUGAAGUUGGACCGUUUUUGUCGUCAUCGUUGUUGUUGUUGUGAACUGUCUUCCACAAUAUUCUAAAAUGUAGUUUUCUAGGUUCUGCGUUAUCCUGUUUACUAUUAAAGAUAGAUUUUGUAAAUGUCCAUGCAAACUUACUGUUUUUUCAUAUUUUCUUGGAGGAACCACUUAGGUUUUCAUUUUUUAAUCUAAGAAAUAACUUAAAAAGAGGACUUCUAAAACUUUUCUUUCUGUUUGCUUGAAGGUUACAAAAUCACUUUCUUGUUUCACGUUCAUUAAAAUCUAAACCUAGGAGUUAACGUAGUUGUACAAUUUUGCCCAUGG